CCUGCAAACACAUUUUUUUCUUUGUUUCUCCUUAGUAUAUAUAUAUAUAUACAUACAUAUAUAUACUCUCUGCAUAAUCUUGUUCUGAUUGGUUUCUUCAUUAACAAACCUAGUUACUCUCCUAUUGCAACGACGCAGAUUUAGUUCAACUUUUUCGAUAGCGAUGGCCAGGAAGAUGCUUAUCGACGGUGAGGCUGAAUCGGUUCCAGGUGUAGAACAAGGGACGCAUUUUGACUUUGACUUGUUUAUUAUUGGGACUGGAAGUGGUGGCGUUCGUGCUGCUAGAUUUUUAUCGAAUUACGGAGCUAAGGUGGGGAUUUGUGAGCUUCCGUUUAAUGCCAUUAGCUCAGAAACAAUUGGAGGAGUUGGUGGAACGUGCGUUAUUCGUGGUUGUGUUCCCAAAAAGAUUUUGGUCUAUGGAGCAUCUUUUGGAGGUGAACUCGAGGAUGCCAGGAAUUAUGGGUGGGAAUUGAGUGAGAAAGUUGACUUCAAUUGGAAGAAGCUCUUGCAAAAGAAGACAGAUGAAAUAAACAGAUUAAAUGGAAUUUACAAGAGGUUGUUAUCCAAUGCGGGGGUUAAAUUAUUUGAAGGCGAGGCAAAGAUAGUUGGUCUAAAUGAGGUUGAGGUGACACAAUUGGAUGGCACAAAACUGUCCUAUUCUGCUAAGCACAUAUUGAUUGCAACUGGUAGCAAGGCUCAACGUCCAAAUAUUCCAGGACAGAGAGACGAGAGAGAAAGGCAGUGGCGCUGCGGUUGGAAACGGUUCCGGUGGCGUUUGGGGUUGCCGCCGACGCCAAGACUGGAAGAGGUGGUGGCGCGGUGGUCGAUUUCGAUGGAGGCGGCGACGCAUGGUGAUAUCAAUGAAACUAGUGGCAAAAACCAAACCAAAGAAGUUUUUCUAGAUAGUGGAAAUGAAGCUUCUUAG